AUGCAGUCCAAUCCAAUUACUAGUUAUUUCCGGCCGGUGAGGGGGAGGCGGCCCCGGGCUACGGCGCAUCACCGCCAACUAUCGCGAAAGGAGAUCUUGCGAUUGAUCGCAGAAGAAACAAACGAACUCCUCCCGGGAAUCCUAUCGUUGCGCCCCGACGCACCUCCUAUCGGACAACUAUGCCAUGGGUCCGAUACUGAAGCCCUUGACCCCGAUUUGAGCCCAAGGCUGACAACCGAGGUUGAAAUAACAUUCGGCGAUUCUUUCGAUGUCGCUACCGGACUUGAUCCUUCCUUGCAACCCUACAAUCAGACCAACGCAAGACAUGUUUGUAUACUCAACAUGGCCAACGCGAAGAGGCCUGGCGGGGGAUGGCUAAACGGGGCCCUUGCUCAAGAGGAGGCGCUCUGCUACCGAAGUAGUUUAAGCUCAACUCUCAAACGUCGUUAUUAUCCUCUAAGGUUCCUCGGUGCUAUUUAUUCGCCGACUGUUGUUAUCUUCCGCAAAAGCUUUGACCAGGGCCAUGAGAUGAUGAACCUCCAGGAACCCCAUCUCUUCCCCGUGGUGAGCGUGAUCAGCGUGGCUGCUAUCGAGAACCCUGAACUGGACCACAGACACGAUCCGCCUAAGUAUAAGGAUCCUCGGAUGCGUGCGGGGAUGAAAAACAAAAUGAGGAUGGUUCUUCGAAUCGCCGCUCAUAGGAAACACCGCAGAAUUGUUCUCGGGGCACUAGGUUGUGGCGCCUUCGGGAACCCAAAUGUUGAAGUUGCUGAUUGCUGGGCCGAGGUCUUGCAGGAACCAGAAUUCCAGGGCUGGUGGGAGAAAAUUGUCUUUGCGAUUCUAGACGAUGCAAAGACACUCUCGCAGGGCAAUGGAAAUUUCGAUGUCUUUAGAGGAAGGCUGCAUGGGAUGAAGGUAUGA